AUGGUAUACUGCGCCCAUCAAACAUUUAACAAAUUCCAUGAACUCAAGGCCAGGAUGAGUUCAACGACACUUCAAUUUAACUUCAGAUUCAACAGUCUAAUGGUCUACAUGGUAGUUUUGAGUUUUAUUUUUCUCUGAAGAGCUUGUUGAUUAGUAAAAUCUUAUAAAAAAUAAUUUCCAGGGCGCCUUUCCCUUCUGCGCUUCAUUCAUCCCACCCUUGUUGACUGCCUUAAACAGGUACGUGUUGCAACUCCCUCGCAGGUACAACGCAAUUGCUGUCAGCAUUUUCAACAGCUUAAUGCCUUUGGCUAGUGCUCUGUUGAUCUUCCACUUCCUACCCUGUUACCGUCGAAAGUUCGUGACAUUACUAAAGGAGUUUCUGUCAGGAAGGGAAGACAAAACAAAUGACAAGGUGUUCUCAAUGUCGCAGAGAGAAUCAAAGAGCUGA